AUGACUAAUCCAAUUGUGGUCCAGAAAAUAAAUGGCAAAUAUCUAUGGUUUGCGUUACUUGGUUUGGGAUUUAACCCGGAGACAGAAUUAUCACCUUUAGCCUCGAAGACAUGCACAAACCUUGGCCCGGCGAUGUUUGACAAGCCAAACAAGGGUGCCUUUUACAUUGUAACACAUUUUCUACUCGAAAGGCUUAAUCCAACACGAUUUAAUGAGUCGUACAGGCACUGUUGGCCUGUACUAGAUCACAAGGCAGAUGCUGAGUUUAGAAAGGUCACAUGUGCUUGGCUGAGAGAAAUAAUGGAUGAGACUGCCAAUGCUGGGUCCAAAGUCCAAGCUUCCUUGUUCCUCUCACCUGGAGGCCCAAAAUUUGUGGCUUUGAUGCUUAAUUUGGCUAAUCAUACCAUGCUACAAGAAAUGAAGACGUUCAAGACAGAUGGCACAUGGGUACCUGAGGCAGCAGCUUUGACUACGUCUUCUGUGGAUAUGGCAGCGAAAAGACUGAGCCUAGUCAGAGCCAGGUUUUUGAAAACUGCUGUAGAUCAAGAUUGCUUCCUCCAGGAGUACCAGAAAAGAGCCCAGGCUUUGGUGAAGUCUGUGAGGGAUCUUCAAGCUGAAGCUGCUAAAUACGAUGAGCUGCUCAAGAGAUACAGCGAUGACACAGUUCCUGAUCAAGACUGUCUUUCUGCGAAGGCCAAGAAAGUGCGUGCCCUGUGGUGUAACAUAGAAAGAGUUGUUUUAUCGACUCAAGAGGAGCAACAUUCACUGCAGUGCGUCUUAAAGGGAAACGUGGAUCAAUACAAACUCGAUGGUUCUGAAAAGGCUCUGAAAAUAUCUCCCAGUUUGUCACAAAAGAUCCAGAAACUUCCUCAUCAGUUGAACUCAGGAAAUGUCUACGAAGACGGGCAACUCAACCUCCUCAGCGUGCUGGAGUUGACGAACCACGCCUUGCAGCUGCUGAAGGACGAGAAGUCUCGAGUCUCCCAUUGCCUUCAAACUAACCUUGUACCACAGCAACUGCAGGAGAAGUGCCAACAAAUGACCCGUGUGCUACAGGACCUCCAUCUGAUUCGGCAAAGGAUAUCAAAAGAGGAGGCACCUGCAGUCAAAGAGGCCAUUAAGGAGUUGGAGCGAGAUUGGGAUGGAAGAUGGCGUGACGUUCUCCAAAACACUCCACUGACAGCCUUUCUGAAUGAAGACCCCGCGCUUGGGUUUCUUUCACCAAUGGCGCCGCUGUCUUUUGAUCCGGCGCCCGAAGGGAGUUAUACAAGUAGCAUCUUCACCCAGUAUCCUGCGAAACUGCUCGAUGAAGCACAGAAGAGGCCAAUAGAAGCUAAUGCAAAGUUACCUGUAACUAAAAGUAAUUGCCUGGUCUUGAAUGAUGAAGGACCAGUGGAAUCAGCUGAAGCCACCUCUCAGGCAAAUACGUCUCUCGACUGGCUGUUUGAGGCCUCUCCGGUGUCAACUGAACCAGCUCCACCUCCUAAAGUUAUUAUGAAGCCCAGCGUUCUGCCUAAAGACUCUCUGGUCACACCACUAAAAUCAAGGACUGAAAUAAUUGACCUGGAGUGUAAUAAUCUCGCAGACCAGUUUGCAGAAGCGGUAACGACAAACCCAGCGAAUCCUGGCCGUGCCAAUGUUCUGGACUUUGAGGAUAUCCUAACCACAAUUCAUGGAGAUCCAUUUUCCACCCGAAAGCAGUUGCCGCGUACACCUGAAAGCCUGAUCAUGGAUGUAAAGAAUUCCUGGCGAAAAGCAAUUGAAGAGGACAAAGCCGCGAGACUCUCUUCGACCAAAGACAACGACAGCAUCUUGGGCCACCUUACUCCUCUUGUCACCUCUGCUUUUACUUUCCAGAGCCCUUGUGCUCCAUCCCAAACAAAACCUCAAUUCACCUCCCUGCUGACUGAAGACACACCCUCCGUUUGCCAGCAGGGGGCCUUGACUAAAUCUAAUCUGGGCUGGGAUACGUUCAAUGAGGCGAUGGAUGGUCCCAGUGGUACAGGAAGCAGCGCGGUCCAGUUCAGUCUUGACCAUGAAACGCUCCCUGAAAUGCCAAGCUGUGACAGUUUAUUGAGCUUUGACAUGAGCGAGGAUGAGGGGACGCCACAUUGGAAGAGCGGACAAAAGCAGCCUGACAUCAUGCAACAAGAAUGCACUGAAGACUUGUUAACCGGUCACAUCAACAUACCAGACUGCUUCCUGUCUCCUGAUCGGCCAACAUUGGGCAGUGACUGGGCAAUAGACUCAGUGAAGUCAGAUAAAACUGAUGUUGACAAGUUUUCUUUGGAUUUUGACACGUUGGGUUCUCCAUCCACCCAGCCUCAAGAAUAUAGCCUCCCUAAACUAAUAACCUUCUCACCAAUAGAUGACAUGAAGUGCUAA